AUGAUUGCAAAGUGUGUUGAGAGCUUUACCAGUAGCUUUAGAGGUUUUGGCAUUGUCAGGUACAAUCAAAACUGGUGUGCCUCAUCUUCCUGUUGAUGAUCUUAGCAGAUCCCACCAGGUGGGAUCCCGCAAUCUCACAUUUCGGUUUUGGAAAAAAUCUAUUUACUGGGUAUUCUGGACUUAAAAUUCUCUAUUCAUAUGUUUCUCCUAUGGUUAUGGUUAUAUUAUACUAGAAAUGAUGUGAAUCACAUUCUCUUCACAGACUUGACAGAACUAUGCAAGAUAUUGUUUACAAGCUCCUUCCAAGGAUUGAAAGGGGUGAGCUAUCAUUAAGAGUAACAUGGUUAAUAUUAAUCUUUUUCAAAACUGAUUCAAGACAUUGCCUGAAAUAUCUCACAUGAAGUGAUCAUAAGACACGGACUAUCCUAUUAGUUUCUGUAACUGUUUCUGAUUACAUGUAGAUGAUACAAUUAAUUGAACCUUUCACUUUUACCCCAAGUUUGGUCAAUGUUAUUUGGACUGAACCCAGAAUUUAAGUAAACCCAGCUACUUAUAUAACUUUGUUGAUUAGUGCAUCCUGUUUCUUUGAUUUCAGAGGAAAGGCGCAGAGAACGCAAGUUCUAUAAAGAUAGGCAGAUACCAUAUCCAACCCCCAGAGGUAUUUCCGCUGAUUUUAAGAAAUGAUAAUAUUAUUAUCUGCCCAGCUUGCAGUUCUAUAAUAGUCCAUUUUCGAGUUCACUAUGACCGCUGAAUUAAAGAAGUGAAGAUGCAUUUUUUACAGCCUUAACCUCAAUCUGAAGUAAUAUAUUCACAAAGUCCAACGAGAAGAAGACCUGUUUAUUACUCUGUCUAUUGUGUAUAUUCAAAUAAUAUUAUUUCAAACACUUACUUGCCAGAAUUUCUGAAUAUUUUUCUUUACGUCAAGGCUAACCCUGUAUGAAUGUGUUGUUAAUUUUUGUAUUCAGCUGUUAUUUUUAAUUUGAAAACUGUGGACUAUUGUCAGUGCUUAAAAUAAUUAUAAAAUCUAUAUUUUUUCUGUCUGUUGGGUCUGGCCCUGCUCCAACUACAUGCAUUUCCAUUUAAUUGCUAUAAUGUGGGAUCAAGAAAAUGUUCUAUAAAUUGCAAUUUAAAUUUGUCGUUUUUGCUCCUUUACAUUUACAUCACUAUCUGUACAGUCAUUUUUUGUACCAUUUCUAUGGCUCUCGUGUCCAUCGCAUAUAACACAGAAAGGAAUUAUGUAACAAACAGAAGGUGGUAUCAAGAAAUAAUACUUGUUAAUUAUUGAUAGUUCUGUUUUUUAUUGUUUGUUUGUCUUUUUUCUGUUGUAGCUUGUCAGACUUCAUCUGUACCAGGACCAUCAAAUGCUGUCAAGAAACAAACAGCAUCAUUACCCAAAAAAACAAGCAAACCAAAAGUAACAAAAAACUAUCAUAGAACAGAUGAACAAAUCUCUCUUCAACUUGAGACAUUUAGGUUAGUGAAAUAAUUGAUAAAUUAAUUUCGAAUUAAACCCUGCCUUUUAAUAGUUGUGAGAUGGAGGCUGUGUGGUAGAGUGGUUAACACCUCAAACUCUGGAUCUGGAGAUCUGGGAUUCAAGCCUCACCUGUCCCCUUGUUUCCUUAGACAAGGAACUCUACUCCACCUUGUCUCUCUUCACCCAGGUGUAUAAAUGAGUAUCAGUGGCAUACUGCUGGGGGUACCCUGUGAUGGACUAGCAUUCCGUCCAGGGGGAAGUAGCUUUAGAUACUCCAAGGCAGCUUCAUGCUAAGGAAAUCUGAAUAAGCUCCUGCUGUUUGGGCCUUUGACUCGUGUGCGCCGUUUACCUUACUUUUUUACCUUUAAGUUGUGAGAUUUAGUGAUACACCUGUAUAGAUUAUUUAACUAGGCCUUAAGAGAGCAUGACACUGUCUGUAAGAUAACAUUGUUUCCAUAAAUGAAUACCUGGAGAAGAUGUAACAAAGUAAUGUACACCAAAAGCCACUGCAAGAUGUUCACUUCUUUUUUUGACCAAAUAGAAUGUUAUCAGACAGUGUAAUAGCAAGUUCGCCCAGGGGUGGUUUUUACAAUAAACUGGGGUUCCACUGUAUUAUGUACUAUAAAUCGAGUUCAAGGUAUGUACUGUGAGUUACAGACCAAGUUUUUUUGCCAUUGAUUUAUGGCCUCUGUGUGAAGUGCAUUAACCGUCAAUCAAUGGGGAAAAUGAGGAUCUGUAACGUUAAGUAUGGACUGAGAGUAUGAGGCUAGUAAAAAAAUUGUUUUAUCUCAUGGCAUGGCAUGUGGGAAAGGGAACAUGUUAGGGCAGUAUACUGAAAUAUGGCCAGCAACAUCCACCAAUCACAGUACAUGUACUUACUAGGAGAUAUUAUAUGCGUAAUAAACAUCUGCUGAUAAAUUAACUGAAUCAGAUGUUUAACUCCAGUCCUCCUGUCUGAAUACAUCACCCAGACAUAUAUUUUAAGAAGAGGCUUAAUAAAAUAUUAGUUUUCAAUUAGAUUAUUACAUUAUACAGUAUAUCUUACAUGCCAGUUGUAAAUAACAAUUAUUGUCCAUGUAAUUAGCACUGUUUUGUGGACUUUUUUUCUGGAAGUAUCUAGCCAGCUUAGCCAGUGCGCACUCGCGUGGCAUUGCUUGCUUGUAGGCUCGAAAAUAGCGCUAUAUAAAUCAAGUGUAAUGUAAUGUAUAAAUAAAUAAAUAGAUAUUACUAUUACUAACUAUAACUAACUUGAUUUCUAUGUGGCUGGAUGAUAAUGUUAUUGUUUACUAACAAGUCUUGUUAAAAUUGCAGAGAUGGAAGUGGUGGCCCAGCAAAAAUACAGGUAAAUGUUAACGUUGUUUCUUUUUUAGUUUUGAAAUAGGUCAAUGAGAAGCCAUUGGAGUCUCAUAAAGUCACUUGUAUGCAAUAUUGAAUAAAUCAGUAUUGACGAAAGUUGAAAUAGAGCGGUUUUCACUUGACUGUCGAAAGGGAUUGGUUUUGGUUUUGGUUUUACUACGCCCUUUGGUUGGCUAGUGUAUUUACUUUGGGUUUGGGUUUACGACAGUCAAGUGAAAACCGCUCUAAAAGCCCAAUUGAUGCACUCUGGCUGCACUUAUUUGCACCAUAAAUGUAUCUGUGUUGUUGUUAGUCAUUUUUGAAUGGUUCGCUACUCUCAAGAGGGUAGGGAGGGGGUUCAGAACGUAAAGAAUGUUAUUUUAAAAAAGGGUAUGCAGCGUGUAGGGAAUAUGGGAGUGAACUUUAUAUUUAUUGGUUGAUUGACUGAUUGAUUGAUUGAUUGAUUGAUUAAUUGAUUGGUUGAUUGACUGAUUGACUGACUGAUUGAUUGAUUGAUUGAUUGAUUGAUUGCAGCCACUUCAGAAGAAAUACAUGAGACUCUCUUCUCAAGUCACCAUUGGCUUAAUACAAAGAUUUUUGGCAGCUAAACUACACUUGGAAUCUGCGAACAUGGUGAAAAGAUUGCAGUUUAGUUUGUCUCUUUUAAACCUAAAUCGCUGCUCGUAAGAUGCUUCGCGCCAAAAGUGAAACGCGCCCACCUGAAGCCGAAACACGCUUGUAUUACUUCGUUUUCACUCGUACUCUAGACCGUUUCAUUUUACCAGUGCUCACAUUCAUGGCCAACGCAAAAUACGGCUUUUUUGCUGUCUACAUAUACAUCUGUCGCCAGAAAUGGUUACGGUGGAAAACAUAAAAACAGUCACAUUCUUGGAAACCAAGAUAAGAUAGAUAGUGAAGCAAGAGAAAAUUUCUGCGAGCAGAGGGUAAGAAAUGGGUGCUGUCGAGUUUUUUCCCUUUUGGUACUGUUCCUCGCCUUACUAUAAAUUCGUGCCUGGUUUUAUGAGGAUGAAAAAACGCAUGAUUUUUACUCUGUGUAUGGAUUGCAACUUGCAGUCCGCCUUUGAAUCCGUCGACUUCUCUUCCGUGGGCAUCAGUACACCCUCGUUUAUCGUGGCUUUCGUGUGCAUACGCCCUCGUUUAUCGCGGCUCGCGGCGGAAGUGAUUACGCACAGUUUACUCUGUUCAGUAUUUACACGCCAACUUAAUUAGCUAGACGAGUCUUCUGAUCGGAUAGUGUGGUUAUUAGUUGCCCUUGAUCACAUUGUUGUACAACUGAUUGAAAAAACGUUGUCGCUUGAAAAAAGAUUUGCAUCUGCACGAGCAGCUCGUGAUAAUGAAGAGUUUUGUCGAAAGAACUUUGAAUUCGCUUUUCUUAUGAACGGACAGUCAACUCUCGCCAAGACGGACACCUUUGGGACCGACACUAAGUGUCCGUUUUAGAGAGAUGUCCGUCUUAUAAAGAGUCAAAUAAAGGGAAUAAACAAAGGCAGGGACCAACUUUAGGUGUCCGUUUUACAGAGGUGUCCGUCUUAUAGAGGUGUCCGUUAAGAGAGUUGUAUACCCAUAUCGCUCAUGGUUUAUACUCUUUAAGCGACAACGUUUUUUUAAUCAGGUAUAUUAUUUAGUGUAACUCGCACACUCGUUAAUGACGUAUCCUCUGUUAGGUUGGUAUCCUGUUUGACAAAACGGAAAUGGGGAAAGAUUUAACGCUAAAAUACAUCAGCGAAAAUCUCUGCACCCAAGAGGUAUGGUUAGUUUUCUUUUUUAACUAAAUGUUUGCUGACCAUUAGUCUCCUAUGCUGCCCUUCAUGAGGGAAUUAAAAGAUCCGACGACGUUGACAACGCCGCUUAAAAACUGAAUUCCCAUUUUUUUAAUCUUCAUCGCGAUGUUUCCAUCCCACUUACUUUCCACUGGAAUUGAAUUUUUAACAUCACUUUUGAGAAUAUAUGUUGAACAGCAUACGAAACGUCAAGUUUAUAAAAAUGCGAAAACUCGCAAUGUUUAUCACCGCUGUUUGUGUUUAAUUUUUGAUAAAACUAAGAUGGCCUAAGAACAAGAGUCUCUAUGAUACCAUAUCCAAGUUCAGAAAGAGUAGGAAAAUUUCCUCUUCGCUUGUUUACGUCUUCCAUAUAGCAUAAAGUUAGGCAUCGUUUCACGUGCAGUGACGGUAAAGAAAUUACCCAGGUUGCCCCUAGGUCUGAGAAUAUUGCUGUUUUAAUUUAGGUCAAUUUCUUACUGAAGUCAUUGCUUUGUGCCUUAACCCAAACACAAAAUGUACCUGUUGCAUUAUGAUGUCAAACAAAUUUCAUCAGGGAGCAUCAACCAUAAUAAUUAUUUGUUUUGUGAUUAGUAUUAACCCUUUAAGCCCCAAUAUCCACAUACAAAUUCCCCAAACUGAUCUCCAUACAUUUCCUUAAAGAAUGAGUUGAGAGAAUUUGAUAAAAGAUCAAGGCAUUUUUACUCGGGUGAUCAUUUUAUUAAUUCUCAUGACUUAUCUGUUGACAAUGUAUGGGUAUUGUUAGGAGAAAAUUGAUCUUGGUCACUAUUGGGACUUAAAGGGUUAAAACUUGAAAAAGUUGGCCUAACUUUUUAAAGUUUCAAACCAUGUCCAUCGAUCCUUGUCAUUGCAUCGGUAGCAACAGACGAUAGGAAACAGUUACAGUGCCUGAAUAUAGUCAUAGAUAACAAAACUGGACCUUUAUUUUUGGCAUUUAAUUGAUGCGAAGACAAGUUUUAGCUGAUUAAAACGAUAGCAAUAGCCUGACAUUGUCUCUUUAAACCUCAUGCUUUUUUGACGUUCUUGUUGCCAUCGCCGUUGUUGCAGGACCUUGAGGUCCCUAUAAUUAAGCUAUGCAAUGCUACUUCCCGCAGGAGAAAGAAGCUGCCUUGUAUCCAGUUAUCUCUCUCUCGAUGAAAAUCAUUCUUGUCCCCAGACCUCCUGUUCUCUUAGCCGGCGAGGUCUGAGCACGAGGACCAGGAGGUCCUCAGGCCCUCGUGCUCAGGGUUCCUCAGGCCUCGCCGGCUAAGGGAACAGGAGGCUCUGGGGACAAGAAAGAAUGAAAAUUUGCGCGCAAAGGAAGUGGGAAGCAACCUCGUUCCCACGGAUCUCUCGUACCUGUCCCCCUCUCGCUCCGUAGACACGGGUAGGACGGAACCCUGGGAACGAGGUUGGGCGGGAAGGAGAAAACGGGCGAGAUUUCGCCCCUCUUUUUUCUUAUGCUCAUUUGCGCUUCGUCACCAGUCACUCGCGUGUCACUCGCGUUUCGCGCUCGCGUCUCCUCAAAAAACGAGGCGCCUUAGGAGAGGCAGAGAAAGAAGUGUUCCGAGCCUUUUUUACUCGCACUUACAACAUUUUUUUUUUUCCUUUUCAGGAAAAUUCUUCUGGACCACUGAUUCUUCAUUACAGAGCAGUGGAUGUAAAAAGCUGAAUCAUUGGGCAGUGCAUGGUGUCAGAAACAGAAUAAUUACGUCUUGCUUAAUAGCACAGUUAAUACUCGCAUCAUGAGAGUAAAUUAAAAUUUGCAAGGAUAGGAACAAGAUGUCCUUGAAAAAAUGUGUGCUCAAAAAGGUUUUUAAAGAAUUCCUUCAGCCCGCAUUCAUCGCUGCGUUACCUCCCUUCGCCCUACAAAAAUUUUUAUGUUGCAUUUCUGUUUAUUACUUUACAACUUACUCAUCC